UGGAAUGAAGAAAAAUUAAAAAAAAACGUAUGUUAAACACUUUGCAGUGUUAUUUUAACGGCUAGCCUACCGGCACUUAUACCCCCUUCCUGCCCAGGCCAAUUUCCAGCUUUCAGCGCUGUCACACUUUGAAUGACAAUUGCGUGGUCAUGCAACACUGUACCCAUAUGAAUUUUUUAUCAUUUUUUUGUGACAGAGAUUUAUUUUGGUGGUAUUUAAUCAACUCUGGGUUGUUUUUUUUUCUUAAACCAAAAACCACUGAAAAUUUGAAAGUUUUUUUUCUUAGUUUUUGCUAUAAAAUUUUGUAAAUAA